AUUUUGAGUUCCUGCUCCCCAGCAGCUUUGAGUCUGAAGGACAUGUUUUCAUUGCUCCCAGAGAGUACUGCAAGGAACUGAAUGCCUCAGACAACAACACUGAGUUCCUGAAGAACUUCAUUGACCUCAUGGAGAAAGUGACUCCAGACUCCAAGCAGUGCAACAACUUCCUUCUGCACAACCUGAUCUUGGACACGGGCAUCACACAGCAGCUGGUGGAGCGCGUGUGGCGGGACCAGGAUCUCAAUACGUACAGCCUUCUGGCCGUGUUCGCCGCCACUGAUGGCGGCAUCACUCGCGUAUUCCCCAACAAGGCAGCUGAGGACUGGACAGAGACCCCUGAGCCCUUCAAUGCCAGCUUCUACCGCCGCAGCCUGGAUAACCAUGGCUAUGUCUUCAAGCCCCCACAACAGGAUGCCCGGUUAAGGCCGCUGGAGCUGGAGAAUGACACGGUGGGCAUCCUCGUCAGCACGGCUGUGGAGCUCAGCCUAGGUGGACGCACACUGAGGCCAGCAGUGGUAGGCGUUAAGCUGGACCUAGAGGCCUGGGCUGAGAAGUUCAAGGUGCUAGCCAGCAACCGUACCCACCAGGACCAGCCUCAGAAGCAGUGCGGCCCCAACAGCCACUGUGAGAUGGACUGCGAGGUUAACAACGAGGACCUGCUCUGUGUCCUCAUUGAUGAUGGGGGAUUCCUGGUGCUGUCAAACCAGAACCAUCAGUGGGACCAGGUGGGCAGAUUCUUCAGUGACGUGGAUGCCAACCUGAUGCUGGCACUCUACAAUAACUCCUUCUACACCCGCAAGGAGUCCUACGACUAUCAGGCGGCCUGUGCCCCCCUGCCCCCGGGCAACCUGGGUGCCGCGCCUCGGGGCAUCUUUGUGCCCACCAUUGCAGACUUCCUUAACCUAGCCUGGUGGACCUCUGCUGCGGCCUGGUCUUUGUUCCAGCAACUUCUCUAUGGUCUCAUCUACCACAGCUGGUUCCAGGCAGACCCCACGGAGGCCGAGGGGAACCCCGAGGUGCGCGAGAGCAGCUGCGUCAUGAAACAGACCCAAUACUACUUCGGCUCGGUGAACGCCUCCUACAACGCCAUCAUCGACUGCGGAAACUGCUCCAGGCUCUUCCACGCGCAGAGACUCACCCACACCAACCUUCUCUUCGUGGUGGCCGAGAAGCCGCUGUGCAGCCAGUGUGAGGCUGGCCGGCUGCUGCAGAAGGAGACACACUCGGACGGCCCGGAGCAGUGUGAACUGGUGCAGAGACCGCGAUACCGGAGAGGCCCACACAUCUGCUUCGACUACAACGCCACGGAAGAUACCUCAGACUGCGGCCGCGGAGCCUCUUUCCCACCGUCGUUGGGCGUCCUGGUGUCCCUGCAGCUGCUGCUCCUCCUGAGCCUGCCUCCCCGGCCGCAGCCUCAAGUCCAUGCCCACCGUUCUCGCCGCCUCUGAGUGCCCCCUCCCCCCACCAGGCCUCCCCGCCGCUCCCCUGCUCCCUCGCCCCACACUUCCCGCCUUAGAGCCUCGCCCCCCUCCCUCACUCAAGGACCUGAGUGCGCCUGGCCCCAAGAAUCUGCGCCUUGGAGUAGCGGGGGGGUCCCGAAGGAGGGCGCCGCAGGCCUUUGGCCCCCAAGCCACGUCUGGCUGCUGAACUGUCAGUGUCCCCAGACCCCUCAUUCCCACUGGACUCACCCACCCCGGAGGGCUGGGCCAGGGAGGCCACAGUACUGGUGCCAAACCAGGCCUCCACUGCCCGCCCUGCCCCGAGGCUCCCUUUGUGUGGAAGACCUAGGCCUUGCCCCAGCUGGACUCCUCUAACCUGGCCCUUCUGCUCCACCCAGGACUAAAUCUGGGAAUAAUGGAGGAAAUUGAGAUGGGCAGUUUGAGGCCUGUGCAUCCCAGCUUAAGUCCUGGCAGGAGAGAGGUCCUGGGGCAGCCCCCAAUGAGCUCCUGCCUCUCUCAGGCCUACAGCCACCUCUCCCUCCCCAAGCCCGGCAGGUGGCAGGACAGUGACAGUGACACUGGCUAAGACUCAACCCCAUACACACCUGGAGCCCUGAGGGCAGAAACUGGACUCUGACAUACCCAGGAGGGCACACACACAAACACAGACGUGCACAGACACACACACCCUGGGGUGGGGUGAGGGUGGGGGCUCACAAAGCCUUAUACGGGGUGAGGGGUUGGUGGGAGGUUGGCUUGUGCACACUCCAUCUCCUGCUCACCGUCCGCCUCUUAUCUGACCUGUAACCCAGCUGGUCCCCCAUCUCUAAAGCUGAAUGUCAAACAGUGCCAAAUGCUGGGGCAAAGGGUGAAGACCCCUCUGUCCUGACCUAGCCGCCAGUGUCCCCUUAAUGCCCCUGACCCUGCCAGGUGCUCAUUGUAACCAUUUCUCACUAGUGUCAGGCCCCCAGUGGGACCACAUGCCACUGCCUGCACCCCUCAGCAGAGGAACUCUCACCAGGCAUCACCCUUUGCCUUAGCGGGGGUGACUUGAUUACUCCUAGCUGGGUCAUCCCACCCCCAAUCUGCCCCUUAUACUCUCAGGCCUGUCUCUUUCCCACUCACACACCCCCUGGCCAAACUGCUCCUCCCUGCUGAACACACACUCGCACAUACAUACACACAUAUACACACUGUGCACACACACAGGCUGGGCCUGGGAACAUCUCUUCACACCAUUCAUUCUGGUCAUUUCUCGCAAAGGCAUCCCAGCCUGGGGGCCACUGGGGGA